AUGACGACCGUAACGCCGGAAUUAAUGCAAGCAAUGUCGGCCAUGAUGGCAAGCGCGAUCCAGGCGUCGAUUGCGAAUUUGGGCACUGAAGCGAAUGGAUCUUCGUCGACGACUAAACCACGAUUACCGCUGUUCGCGAUAUCUGAGUAUCGGUCGACGGAACACACGCUGGUAGCUGAUUAUUUCAAGAGGUUCGAAUGGUCGCUAGAGCUAAGUAAAAUUUCUAGUGAUCUACACGCUAAUUACGCACGCGUCCACAUGGGCUCAGAGCUUAACAAUGCCCUAAAGUUCUUAAUAAAUCCACGAAGUCCGGAAGACCUUACGUACGAAGAGUUGAAACAAGUCUUGAUCUCGCAUUUCGAUCGAGCAAAAAAUAAGUACGCAGAAAGCAUCAGAUUUCGUCACAUCACGCAGCAGAGUGGAGAAACGAUCGCCAAUUUCGCUCUCCGGUUACGACAGGGUGCAGCUCAUUGCGAGUACGGCGAGUUCCUCGAUAGAAUGUUAACCGAGCAGCUUCUUCACGGGUUAGCAGUACGUGAGAUGUGCGACGAAAUCGUUGCAAAGAAACCAACAACAUUCGCCGAGGCCUACGAUAUUGCAAAUGCGCUCGAGGCGACGCGCAAAACUACGAACGAGGUCAAAGAAUCCAGCUCGACGACUCAGGAUACUACGCACAAGUUGGGGUACGGUCAGCCGAAGCUGAAGCACAAUGGGAAGCCAUCACGUCAACGGUCAUCGUCACGGGGACGGAGACAACAACCGAAUCACCAGGACUCAUCCAGGCAACAAAAGGACUACGUCUGUCAUGGCUGCGGUGGUAAACAUGCACGUAGCCAAUGCCGUUUUCGCGACGCUGUGUGCCACACGUGUAACAAAAAGGGACAUCUUUCAAAAGUCUGCAAGUCCAAAGAACUAAAUACUGAUACGCGUACAGUAGCGGCACUGCAACCGGCAGAACAUGUAGAUACGAUCCGAUAUCGUGAUAAGAUCAACGCGGUAAAUUCGAGACAAAAAUGCAUGAUAGAUGUCGAAAUAGAUGGUAAAAUCCUACGAAUGGAAUUAGAUUCAGGUGCACCGUGCGGUAUCGUUAAUGUAAAGACGUUGCGUACAAUUAAACCAAAGUUCUUGCUGAAGAAAACAGAUCGGCAGUUUGUCAGUUAUACGGGUCAUCAAAUUCCUUGUAUUGGUCGUACUUUAGUGAACGUAACGAUCGGAAAAACCACGCAAAAACUUAAACUAUUUGUAGUUAAAGGACAUUUCGAUGCAUUGUUUGGUAGGGAAUGGAUCUCACAUUUCAUACAUGAGAUCGACUUUGCAAAACUUUUUUCCGCCACCGAAACAAUAAAUAUGAUCAGUUCCGUUAAUCCUAAGUUAACACACGCGCAAAAAGAGCGACUUGGUCAACUUUUAGCCAAAUAUAAAGAUGUAUUUAAUUUAAAAGCUGGUACUCUUACUGGUCCGCCAAUUUCACUUCACCGGAAACCAGGUACAACACCGAUAUUCGCGAAGGCGCGAGAAAUUCCGAUAGCGCUUCGAGAUGCGUAUGCGAGAGAAAUCGAUUCGAAAAUAGAAUCCGGGUUUUAUAAAAAAGUUGAGUAUUCGGAAUGGUUAUCGACAACACAUGUAGUUGCGAAGAAAAAUGGUCAAUUGCGUAUCACCGGAAAUUAUAAGCCAACUGUUAAUCCUCGUGUGGUUAUAGAUGAACAUCCGAUUCCUAAAGUAGAACAUAUUUUCAGCCAUUUUAAAGAAGCACAAAUUUUCUGUCACCUGGACGUCUCCGAUGCGUAUUCUCAUCUUGUCCUCGAUGAAGAGUCCAGUCACAUGCUAACACUCAACACGCCAACGCACGGAUUAAUUCGUCCAACUCGAGCGGUGUAUGGAGCCGCCAGUAUCCCUGCUAUCUGGCAACGUAGAAUGGAAAUAGUUAUAGAGGGUCUUCGGAAUGUUAAAAAUUUCUAUGACGACUUCAUUAUUUUUGCAGAAGAUUUUGAGAGUCUGUUGCGAGUUCUAGACGAAGUUUUGGAGAGAUUCAGAGAACACGGUCUUCAUUUAAAUCGUGAGAAAUGUGUAUUCGCCACAUCGUCAAUUGAGUUCCUAGGGCAUAAAGUGGAUUCGCAAGGAAUACACAAAUCCGAUAGACAUAUCGAAGCAAUCCAAAAAAUUUCUAAGCCAAGCACACCAGAAGAAUUACAACUUUUUCUCGGGAAAGCUUCUUAUUAUAGUUCAUUCAUUCCUGAUUUAUCAACAAGAGACCGUCCUCUUAGAGACAUGCUACUCAGCAAACUUUUCAAAUGGACAUCAGUUGCAGAGAAGGCUUUCGAAGACAUAAAAAACAUUUUAAUUUCACCUCAAGUACUAAUGCCAUAUGAUCCAAAACGUCCGUUGUUGCUUGCAACAGAUGCUAGCAAAACGGGACUAGGUGCAGUUCUAUCCCAUAGACUAAGCAAUGGUCAGGAACGACCAAUUGCGUAUGCAAGCAGAACAAUGAGUGCUACGGAGCAACGCUAUCCGCAAAUAGAUAAGGAAGCACUAGCGAUUGUAUGGGCUGUUCAAAAAUUCUUUUACUACUUGUAUGCCCGUCAUUUCACUAUUAUAACGGAUCAUAAGCCAUUGACACAAAUUCUACAUCCAGAAAAAUCAUUGCCUACGUUGUGUAUCAGUCGCAUGGCAAAUUACGCCGAUUAUCUAUCGCACUUUGAUUUUGAUGUUAUAUUUAAACCAACAGAAGAAAACACGAAUGCAGACUACUGUUCAAGAAUACCAAUACCAGUGUUUACGUCGACAACACAUCGAAUUUCAUUGAAGGAAAGGGAAGAAAUAGAGUACGAUGGAUUUGAUCAUUUUGUUCUGCACCAGAUCGAACAACUUCCAGUGAACGCCGAGAGAAUAGCACGUGAAACGCGGAAGGAUCCUCAUCUGGGAAAGAUCGUUCAACGUCUAGAAGCAGGGCAAGAUCUAUCUCGUUUUGGUUAUAAAGCACCAGAAAUACAUUACAGAUUAGGAAGCAACUGCUUAGUGUUCGAACAUAGAGUUGUUAUCCCACCAACCCUUAGAGAAGCAAUACUCAGCGAAUUGCAUACUGCUCACAUAGGUAUUGUAAAGAUGAAAGGCUUAGCGAGAUCUUUCGUUUUCUGGCCCGGUAUCGACUCCAAGAUUGAAGAAGUAGCCAAAGCAUGUGUCAAUUGCUCAAUAAAUGCACAUGAUCCAACGAGGUACCGAAGCCAUCAUUGGGAAUAUCCAAAAGGUCCUUGGGAGCGCGUACACAUCGAUUACGCAGGACCUGUAGCCGGGAAAAUGUUACUCAUUAUAGUGGAUGCCUAUAGCAAGUGGCUCGAGGUAAAGGCUACUAACUCUACUACUACACAAGCGACAAUCUCGAUUAUGGAGGAACUAUUUGCUACGUACGGAGUUCCAGUCACUAUAGUAUCAGAUAAUGGUCCCCAAUUCACGUCGAUGGAGUUUAAGUUGUUCCUACAAAAGAGUGGUGUCAAGUUCCAUAAAUUCAUAGCACCGUAUCAUCCAGCUUCCAACGGUCAAGCAGAACGUUAUGUUCAGACAGUAAAAAACGCGAUGAAGACUAUGGCAACUACGCCAGGAUCACUCCAGCACAAUCUUAAUGAAUUCUUGUGCCAAUAUAGGAGGGCUCCACACGCUACAACCAAUCAAUCUCCUGCACAGUUGUUUUUAGGACGGACAAUACGAACUAAAUUGGAUUUGGUACGACCAGAUGAAACAAAUGUGAAAAUUACCCAGAAGCAACAAGCCGUAGCGAAUCCAACGUUUCGCGAAUUUCAACCGACUCAAAAGAUUUAUUUCUUAUCAGGAAAUCCACGUAUGGACAAGUGGAUUCCAGGCACAAUAGUGACACGUCUAGGAGAUUUGCACUACGAGAUCGACUAUCAAGGGAAACGAUUCAAGCGGCAUGUAGAUCAGAUGAGAUCUCGUUGGGAAGACAAUCAUCAUCGAGGCAGUUCACAAAACCAAGGUGCCAAUGGUGAUAGCCCCCGAAGAAUUCACUUCUAUGAGAAUUCAAAAACUCAAAGAGCAGUUUCGCCAACACCGAGUCUAGAUGAUUCAUCGGAUAGCAGUUCAGACUCAUAUGUUUCGGUAUCAUCGGGUAACUCAUCGUUCAAUCCACCACAACAACAAGUAAACCAGCCAUCCCCCGAAUUACGAAGAUCAACCCGUAUACGACGCGCACCUCAAAGAUUCAUUCCGCGCUAA